AUGCAUUCGCGUUAUUAUUACAUAUCAAGUCUUAAAAUUCGUUCGAUAUGCGCUAGUGGAACUGUGGAUGUUGAUGGAAGGCCUAUAAUCCUUUGCUAUUCGGAAUGUAUUGCUAGAGCUGGUCUCAACAAAUACGAAGUGGCGAAAUUGCUACUAUAUUACACAUCAAUACCAAGUGCGGAGGAUAUUGCUAAAGGGUUUACAAUUCUCUUACUAGCUGAGACAAGCGAACCCAAAGUGGCAGACACAUUGGUAAAGUCGGUAGCCCUCAUUAGCAAUAACUUGCGACUAGAACAAUUUAUUGUAUGGAGUCCUGGGGGAAAGGCUAUCAAACCAAACACAAAUAAGGUUAAGGUCGUUGUAGUAAGUGAAGAAUCCGAUUUGGAAAGGUACAUUAGUAAAGAUCAAGCUCCAGCAAGUUGCGGUGGAUCAAUCAAUCAUGACCAACUGGAAUGGGUGGAAUUUUUCCGGCAAUAUGAGCCGUUCCUGGCUUCUUGCAGGACUUCAGGUCACGCAUUGUUAUCAGCUUUAUCGUUGCUAAGGAAUGAAGAAGUGCCUGCUCAAGUAACAAGAAGAUUUCUUAACCAUCAGUGCAGAGUAAAAGAACAGAGGGCCUUAAAGAAAUGGAAGAAAAGGAAUGAUAAGAUGGUAGGAUACCUCAUCAGGCAUAAAGGGCUCCUCAAAUGGAUCCGAAAAAUUGGAGAGGAGACCUUGAGGAGCCAAAAUAUUCAAUUACGCUCAAUCACCAGCAGUACAAGUGUGAAAGAUAUCGAAAAGAGCUUUGAAAAGUUUUAUUUUGAUGCUUUGAGGCAAAUCGACAAAGCGAGUGAUUUGGUUGAGGAAUCCAACAACAUCCCUGACAUUCGUGGCAAAAAUCUAAAAGAUUCUGCCAACAAAUUAAGGGUGCAAGCAAAGACGUUUAAUGAGAAACUAGAAGAUGCUCGAGAAGAACUUGAAGAAUAUUGUCGUUGUUUUCACAUUUUAGAAAAUAGCCAAAAUAUAAAAAGCAAGGACUAUGGAGAUCUAUCUACAACCAUUAACAAACUGGGAAAUUCAAAAUUAAUAGAUAUUUUUAAGGCACUGAAUUCUCAAAAGGAGGUAGACUCCCCGGAACCCCCUGACAAGUCAUUAUCCGAUAACCACUUGAGUUGCAGUUCUGGUGGAAUAGCCGCAUCAAGUACUCCAAUAAAACCUCCGACGAGCCAAACAAGAAGAAGAUCAGUUAGUUCCCAUGCUUUUAUUUACAAGUGUAAUCAUCACGCAGCGGGAAUGUCAUGCAAUUGUUACGAGUCCGAUACUGAAAACAGUGUUUCAUACAAGCUUAAAAAGAAAUACUUGCAGUCCCUUCAAAUAUGCGGUUGCACCACUGCAACUGCCGCAGUGAACUAUUCAAAAGAAACAUUAGACCGCAAGAACAGCCUCACUUUAGAUGGUAUAAAAGAGGUCCGUGAAAGUGUCGAAAAUUUAUUAGAAAUAGACAAGAAUGAUUCGGGACUUAGUGGUUGCGGUAGGUGCGACAGUGGCGUAUCGACCGCGGAAAAUUCUGUGGGUGAGGAAAGCACUGUUUAUAAGAAAAAACUUCAGAGAACGUGUUCGUGCCAGUUUUAUAGGGAAAGUUGUGCCUUAUGCAGUACGGGUAGUUCAAGCACUGGUUCUAACCAGGAUCAUACAGAGAAUCAGCAGGACAGCGUUAUAGAGGAAAGUAGCGAUGGUUUUAUGAAAAGUGGAAGUGAUGACAUUGAUGAAGAACACUAUAACGAAGAAAGAAGAAAAAUUUCUCCUAUUUCUGCCAAUAGCCAUUUACACUGCCAUUCCUCAACUUUACACCUGCCAAUAGAUAACGAAUCUAAAAUUGAUCCAAAAACUCAAAAAACGCUUUUAUUCAUAAUGAGAGAAAUGAUUCAAACUGAACGAGACUACGUAAAUUCAUUAGAUUAUGUAAUAGAAAAUUACAUACCGGAGCUGAUGCGUGAAGACAUUCCUCAGGCACUUCGCGGUCAACGAAACGUUGUGUUCGGAAAUAUAGAAAAAAUUUAUGAAUUCCACAGUCAACAUUUCCUUAGGGAACUAGAGCAAUGCGAAAACAAUCCUCUACAAGUUGGCCAGAUAUUUUUGAAGCACGACAAAAAAUUCUACUUGUACGCUUUAUAUAAUAAGAAUAAACCAAAAUCGGAUUCAUUAAUGUCUGAAUAUGGAGGAACAUUUUUCAAGACAAAGCAAAUUCAAUUAGAAGACAAAAUGGACCUCGCAAGUUAUUUAUUGAAACCCGUUCAAAGAAUGGGAAAAUAUGCGUUACUUCUUCAGCAAAUGAUGAAAGCCUGUCCUCCUUUACCUCCAACUGCUUCCGAGAGGGCAAUAUCCGAACAGGAAGAUUUGAAGCAAGCUGAACAAAUGGUACGAUUUCAACUACGACACGGGAAUGACUUACUAGCCAUGGAUUCUAUACGGGAAUGUGAUGUGAAUCUGAAAGAACAAGGAAGGUUACUAAGACAAAAUGAAUUCAUAGUAUGGGAAGGACGAUCGGGUAAAAAAUCGCUAAGGCAAGUUUUUCUAUUUGAAGAACUGAUACUGUUUAGUAAAGCCAGAAGAUUCCCAGAUCAAAAGAAUCUCGACUUAUACAUUUACAAAAACAGCAUCAAAAUGACUGACAUAGGAUUAACUGCCAAAAUAGGUGAUAGUCCGACAAAGUUCGAAAUUUGGUUUAGAAAGAGGAAACCGAACGAUACGUUCACAUUACAAUCCAUGUCUGAAGAUAUCAAAAAGGCUUGGUCUGAAGAACUUUCUCAGCUUUUAUGGAAACAGGCUAUUAGAAAUAGAGAAGUGCGAAUGGCCGAAAUGUCUUCGAUGGGAAUUGGAAAUAAACCAUGUUUGGACAUAAAACCCAGUGCCGACCAAAUAAGCGACCGAUCCAUUAGCGUAGCUCAAUUAAGUAAAACUGCCCCACGUUUCAGAAAUUCGAUAGUAGGUCCAGUUGCCGAGCUUUACCGAAGCAUGAAGAGACCUCAUUCGAUCAUUUCAAUGUCGAGUAUAUCGUCGAGCAGCACGAGCUCCGGAAGUUCGACUUCCGGCGGAAACGUACAAAACACUGCGACAGUUGCUAACCUAAGCUUUGACUCUGCUUCGUGCGAUAGUCCAAAAGCUUUUCAUAGAUCUGGCACACUGAACAGUCAAUGCUCCGUAGAAAGUGGAAUAAUAGCAGAUAUAUCAUUAGGUGUGGAUGAACGCCCCGAAAGUCCGAAGGCUACUCACUGGCCAUUGGAGAAAUCUAAUUCGCGACAUUCAAGUAGUUCUGAUGGGACUGCAACAACUACUCCUACACAAUCUGAUGAUACGCAAGUCACUACCAUAUACAUCGUGCCAGAUGAUCUGCCCGUUAACAUUUAGUUGAUUAAGUUUCAAUGGACCAAAAAGCUGUGCUAUUUAAUUUAAUUUUUUACCUCCGUUUUCCAACAUUCUUCUCUGUAUUUGUCUUCUGUUUUUUUUUUUAUUUAACGAAAAAGUUUCAUUUUAUUUUCUACCGAAUAACUUAUUGUUCUUUAGCCUGUUGAUUGUGUAAAUAUAUAUAUUUAUAUAC